AAACAAAGUUAGUCGGAGAGAGGGUAUACGCUUUAGUUGAGUUUUGUGUAAGCUUGGGAACAUCUAACACUUCUUUAACUCGGGUAGUUUUUUUUUAUGCUGAAACUUUCUUAAAGCUUUCUAACAUGGGAACUGAGACUAACAAAGAUGAUCGUAACACGCCUGAGUAUCUAGCCCAGUUACUAAAAGAUAAAAAACAAAUUCAAGCUCUUCCAAAUGUUUUCAUUCAUACGGAGAAAAUUUUAGAUGAAGAAAUCAACAGAGUCCGACUUUCAUUGUUUCACCAUCAAGGCAAACGCGAUGUCCUGGACUUACCCGAUGCCGUCGGUCCAGUCGUCCAGCUGCAGGAAAAAUUGUUUGUGCCAGUUAAGGAAUAUCCAGACUUCAACUUUGUCGGUCGGAUACUUGGUCCCAGGGGGAUGACAGCCAAAGAGUUGGAACAGUUCACAGGGUGUAAAAUCAUGGUCAGAGGGAAGGGCUCAAUGAGGGAUAAAGCUAAGGAGGACCAAAACAGGGGUAAAGCCAACUGGGAACAUUUAAACGAGGAACUCCAUGUCCUCAUCACAGUGGAGGACACACGAAACAGAGGGGAGAUUAAAUUACAGAAAGCUAAAGAGGAGGUCAAGAAAUUAUUAGUCCCUGCACCUGAUGGCGAGGAUGACCUAAAGAAACGCCAACUCAUGGAGUUAGCUAUAAUUAAUGGGACAUACCGCGAUACAACGAAGCCUUCACCCUCACCGUCCCAGAACUCAGUGCCUGGUCGCUUUGUCCACCAUAAUGAAAGCUUAUGGAGCAACCCUUUUGAAGCCCACCUACAGCUGGGCGGGAUGCCCAUGUUCCUUCCCCCAGGCCACCCGGGCCAACCGGGAAUUCGCGCCCCAGGCCAGAUGCCUCAUUUGGUCCCGGUUAGCGGGGCAAGCUCCCUCUCAGAUGGUUUGUCCUUGUUGCGUUCCUUUUCUGUAGAUUAUUCGGAACACGCCCGCUACCUUGCUCAGCCCCUCGCUAUUCAAAUGCGAACCCCCACACCAACUGGUGCCCCUAUCAUACUCGCACCUCGCCUUCCCCCACCACAAGUUGUUGCAACAAGCCAGCCCAGCAUGAACGGAGCACCCCCACCAUUGGUCUCACCCCCAGGGGAUCACACUGGACUUAUGUACAAUCCUUACACCAUGAGUGUUACCUCAGGCAUGCAUUCACCAAUGGACCCAUACGGCAUCGGCGCGGGGACACCCUCCAUUUUUGAAUACCAGACUCACCUCGACCAGGCGCAAGCGGGUGCCGUCCCAAAGAUGAGAAGGACAUUAGAGGGAGUCAGGGCUCACCCCUAUACUAGAGUUUCAUUGUCUUAAUGUGUGUUACAGCUGGCAACUAACCACCUCGUGCCUUUAAAGACGGCUCUGUCGGCCGGUCACUCUUUGUGGUGGGACAAACUGUUGGCCGGGCGCUAGGGUCCACUUCUGUGCUGCUGUUCUAUUCCCACGGAGGUGUUGUUGUGUAUCUCAAGACACUCGUUCAACAGCACCGCCAAGCUCUUGUAGCAGCCAAUGAGAUAAGCUCCAUCAGCGUAAGGGAACCAAGUGCAACAUUUGCUCUCAUGUUACUUGUACAGCCUGCACCCGCCUUCACUUUGUCACCUAACUCUUUUUAUCAACAGUUUUUGUUGAUACAUUUUAUUUUGUAUUAAACAUGAUUGAUUUAUGUUUGACUGUUCAACCCACCUAUUUUUUUUUUUUGUUAUUUUUACAUGUAUUAUAAUACCAGAUUAACUUGUUCUAUAACCUUUUAAAACGGUAUCAAAUUGAAAUGCUCAGAACUGCUUCAGCUGAAUUCUCAUUGCCGUGGUGUAAUUAAGUCUUUCUGUUUAAAGUAGUUUUGGUACUUCUUUAAAUGGCUUGACUGUACCUGGGCAGUGUUGAUUCAGCUGAGCAGAAACAUUUAAGUGCCUGAUGUAUGUACUGCUGCUAACAACACAAGUCUAAUGGUCGAGCUUUCACUGCCCUACAGCUUAAUGGACAUGAACAUUUUAAACUCCUUUCUGGAAUGAACUAAAAGUUAAAAAAAACAAUGGAAUGAUCCACCCUUAGACCUGUGUUUUAACAUUGAUAUUAAACUAUUUUUAUUCUCUGGUGAGGUCUAAACUAUUUGAAUGUACUUGUAUUAAUAUCUUAACAUAUAUUUGCAGUUGAUAUUACUUAGGGAGAGGGUGGGGCAAAUAUAUUUUGAUAAACAUGCUUAUAUACUUGUAUAAAAAAUGAUUGAUAUCUUAACAUCUUGGAUGUGGAUUUUGGUUAUUUUUUCUUAUUUAUAUGAUGGUAGAUCAGUAACUUUUUUUUUCUAACCUAAGCUAGUAAAGCUCAGUAGUGAAUUAAUUUGAGACAUGUUUUAUAUUUUACACCAACAGUAUAUUAAUUUUGUGAAAAGUUUAAUUUUUUUCCUCUAAUGGUUGUGGUUUAUCUGCCCUUUGUUUUUCAUAUCCCAGAGCAAUUUCAUACAUGCCCUUGUGGAUUUUAUUUCUUAGCUCAUUUUUUUCUUCUUUGGGAAAAGCUAAGCAUUUUCUAUAUCUAGUUCUACAAGAAUGCACACCCCAAGACCUAGUAAUUAUAUAAGAUUUUGAUUUAAAUUUUUUUAUUGUUUAAAACAAGCAUAUCACCACUGUCCUCAUAUCAAUCAAAUGUGUUUUUUUGGAACUUAUUUCUGUAUUUGAUGGCUAGUAGUAUUAUAUCCUCUGUGCUCAUGUCUGUGUAACACAAGUCUUUACAUAACCCUGUUCUCUGGAGGUACUGCAUUAUUUUUGUCCUCCCUGUGUUGCACAUUUUAAUGUACAUCUCCCUGCCAUGGAGCAGUUGUAAUAUUUGUAAGCUGAUCAAAAUUUUUAGAUGUUUUUACACAUUUGGAUUUUCAUAUUUAGUUUUUUUUUCCCUUAUUUUUUUUUUAAAUUUUAGGCUAGUAAGAAAUCUUGAGAUAAAAUGAGCAGUGAAAAAUUCUCUGUAUCCUCUAUAGCAUAUCAUUUUUAUAUAACUUUAUUUUAUAAAAUUUGUGUUUUAUAACUUUAAUUUAAUUUUAUUUAAAUUUCAAUUGGGAAAAAAUUACAAUAUAUAGAGUAGAAUAUAUAAAAAUGGCAUGAGAUCUUUUACUGUGAAAGCACAAAAUGUAAAUAUGACUUGUAGAGCCAGACUUCAUUUCCUUAGUAUUUUUUUCUGUCAAGUUUUACUUAAAUCAGUACUUAAAGACUUUUUCCAGCUCUCCGAAUGAAACUUGUAAAUAAAUCUACAUGCUAGUUAAAGUAUAAUCCAUGAGUAGUCUAAUAUCAGGAGUGUAACAUUGUGAUCUGCGGUCAUGAGUACUUAACUCUGUACAGUGUGUAUUAUGCUAAAUAACUGUCUGUAUAGUGAGCCAAGCAACAAAUUUGUUUCAUAAAUCUUAGUUAUCAUUUUUUAUUUUUUUUUUGUGUACAUUUAAAUUACUCCCUACCCCAGUGUGAUCUCAGAAAAAAAAAUUUUAAAGAUUUUUUUUUUGAAAAGUUAAAAUAGCAUUUGUCAGAUGGCCAAUUUAAUCCUAUCUUUUGUUAAUCCUAAUUCUCAUAGAGAUUAUUGUUUGUUAAACUAGCACAAGUAGAGCUUAGGGGUAAUUGGUUGUUUUGAUCCCAUGCUGUUUUCCCAAUGCAAUCUACUUAUAUGCAAAUUCAAUCUGCUGCUUAUGUGGGAUAAAAACCCACAUACACAAUAUACACAAAUGCAAAUUUUCUUGCAUCAGCAUUCAAAUCAACAGCUCUUUUUUAUGUCAGGUUUUAAUAGGUUCAUUCUAAUUAUCUACAAAUAUAUUUAUAUGUAUACAUGAUUUCAUAGUGUUACUUAAAGGAAGUAUUUUACUUUAAAGUAUUUCAGCAUUGUCAGUAUGUGAUAGGUUUUAAAGUGCCUUGAUCUGUAGCAUUUCUUAUGUCAUUGAUCUACUUAAUAUAUCAUUCAACUCCGGCCAACCAGUGUGUUUACAAAGUUUCUAUAUUUUAAGAAGGCAUGUUUUUUCUCUAUGCCCUGUGUAUCAGAGAUAUCACAUGUUAGUUUAGUUUGUCUGGCUCAGUGCAUAAUGUCAAAAUGUGUUCCUUUAAAAAAAAAAUUUCAUUAUUUUUAUUUUGAUGGCAAUUUACAUAGAAUCUCACAGUUCAUCUUGUUUUUUUUUCUCUUGUGCGUGUUCUAAUACUCAUUUGUUUUAACCAUAUCCAACAACUGCUGUUGCUACACUGCUACUGUGUGUGAUUUGUUUUUUUUUUUUUUUUCAUUUUACUUAGUAAAAUAACCUGUCCUUGCUGAGCAAUGUAACCUAACUAUAUGAACUCACCUUUAUUUAACCCAAUAAACACAGAUUUUCGUAGCCAAUCGGUUUGCUCUAUUUUCUUGCCUAUAACAUGCCUAUUACUAAACUUCUAACCAGGUAUCAGGUAAUAAACUCACCUUGUUUUAUAUAUAAUAAAAAAAAUAUAAGAAUUUUGUUUUUCACGAGACAAUUUUAUUUGGACUCAAAUGAAAUUGGAUUAUUAAAAAAACGCAAGGUGAGGUAGAUAUAUUGAGCCUCAAGGAGGUUUGGUACUGCUGGUAGCUGUGUUGUUGCUUAUUUAGGUUUGUACAACAUUAAAUACUCAUCAUAACAUGACUUUCUCCCCACUAAAAAAUUUGCUAAUUAUAAUCAAUGGCCAGAUGGAGAAUGGGUCGCUAAAACUAGGUGAUUGGAUCUGAAUGAUUGACUUAUUUGAGGUGGUUUCUAAAAUCUCUUGCAUGAUAUUUUAUUCAACUUGUAUACCAUAACUUAUAAUAUACUAACCUCACACACACAGCUGAAUGGCCUUACACUAGCAACAUGCAGAUAUUUAACCACAUUAUUUACAUUUAUUAAUUUUGCAUAAUUUCAGUUCGCCAAAAAAUAUUUACAAUUGAUUUACUCAUUUGCCAAAAUAAUUGACUACUGAUUUACUUAUUUGCACAAGGAAACAAGCAUAAUUAUACCUCACUCUUUAUUUUUAUUAAAAAUUGUUUAAUAAUUCUAAUUCAUUUGCAUUCUAAGCAUUUUUAUAAUAAAUAUUUUACUUCCUGCUUUUGAGAGUAAUUAAAACAAUAGAUGCUCCUAACCACUAACUUGCUUGACAAAAUUUUAAAAAAUGUGAAUAUAGUUCCUGACAUAACUUGGGACAGGUAAUUCAUAUCUAACCACAUUUAUCUGCUUAGUGAUGCCCACCUAACAGUGCUCAAAUAAUCUUACAAACUUUAUAUUUUUAUUUAAACAAAUAACCACAUGUGAUAAAUGUCCGCUUUGCCCUGUUCUUCGUCAUUACACAAAAAAAAAAUAGAUAUGAAUUUAUUGUACGUUUUUAUUUUUUAAAAUUAAUACUUUUUAAUAUUCAUUUUUUAAUAAGAAUUUAUUGCCAAUAUUAUGGUGCCUUUUUACGCAUUGAGAAAGUUGUGAAUUUUGUUCAAUUGAAUUGCCUUCAUGCUGAGACCAGGCAGUUUGUGUUCUAGAUAUAUUUAUUUUUUAUGUUGAUCCGAUAUAGCCUGAUCCAGCAUGGUAUUUUUCAGAGAAAUAAAAUACAUAACAUAGAAUUUAACACUAAUAAUACAUAGGCAUUUUAAUACUAUUUACACAAUUUAAAUGCUAGUGUUGGUAAUAUUAACUGUUUAAAUGCAUUAGAAUAUACUCAAACAAUCCUAACUCAAUGUUAGAUCACAAUUAUUUUUUUACACUAAAAAACUCGUCUUCCCUUUACAUUUUUUACAUUACUUCCCCUUACACUGAAUUUCUUCCCUUCGUACUAAAUUGCUCAAGUGUACAGAUACCAUGUAAACAGAACUUGUAUGUGCUUAUUGUGUGGUAAACUCCCUUUACAUCCAUGACAAGAUGAGCUUAGUGGUCCCUUAUAAUAUACAUCAUUGUUAUAUAGGUCCCUGUACAAGUAUAUUAUAUUUAAAGUGGUUUUAACUCAAUUUUUUUGAAAUUACUCAAAACUCAAAAUGUGGUAAUAACUUAUAUUUACAUAUUUACAUUACAUUUUUUUUUUUAUAAAAUAGAUAUAUUUAUAUUUCAUAGUAAUUUAUAUACUUGUUUCUUUUGAAAUGUUAUGAAAAAAUAUUUUUAUUUGCUAUACCAAUGAAAUUCACAAUACGUAAAACAGAAUCAGAAAACAAGAAAAUUUAAUGUCUGUUAUUAGUCUGGAAGAUUAUAGAAACAAAUACUAGAUAGGGUAUGAAUCAGUCGGAUUGAAAUCAUGUAUAGUGUAUCUAACGUCAACACACAUAGGAAUCCGUGUUAAACAUGCUUGUAAAUAAAAUAUCUCAAUUUUUAACAGAGUACUAAAAUUACAAAUUAAAACAGAAUAUUAUGUGAUUUAGACGAAGAAAGCAUGUAGUUAAUGCCUUAUAGAAGGUAGGUGAUCUGAAUUUCUGAAGCUUGUCAUUUACCAUAAAUGCAGACUACUAUAGCUUCAGUUGUGCUGAA